AUGCCUCCAAAUCUGAAAGAGCGCACAAACCUGCGUGACUAUUACGGCUCAAUCAGCUACAAUGUCAAAGCCAUUUAUGACAGAUAUAUGAGCUGGUUCGAUGAGAAUCCCGCUCAUCUUUGGCCGCUCAAGCCUGUCGAUGAAGCCACUGGAUUUGUCAGGUGUAUGGGCGGAAACGAAGCAGUUCUCGAAAAGGCCCAGGAGUAUCGCACAAACAAGAACCUCCGUUUCGCUGCUACCAUCCCAGAUAAUCUUGCCUUCGCAACUCAAAGCAACCCCGAUGAGAAGGAGCUGGCAGCUAUGUACACUGAGCUGGGAUACAGUUCAGAGAAUGCGACCUGGCGGAACAUCUACCUCACCGGCGCUUUUGAGCUAGAAAAUGGGCCCUAG